CAAUCACAGUGGGCGGCUGCGGCGAAAACUUUUUUCGGUUGACGAUCACCUUGAUUUAAAAAUCAAUGUCGUGUUAUUUCAGACACCCUUGAGCUACAGCUUUACAUUGAAAAAAAAACCGCCAACUGCCACUCAAGGCCACGAUGCCAUCCGUGCAGAAUAUCGAGAUACCGACUCGGCGCUUUUUUUUUUUUUUGGGUGGAGGGGGUGAUGCUCUGAGCGACUGAAUGGAUCCACGCCAUGCGCGCGUAGGAACGAACGGCCAAUGCGCAUGAAUCACGCGCGUGGAUGUGGAGGUGCGUGAGCGUACGCGCCUCCACGUCCUUCAGGUGACCGACAACCCUGUUCGUCUUAGGCGACUUUUUGCCGGCCUUUGUUUGAGUUAUUAUUGGUCUCUGGCGUCAGAAUGUUUGUCUGCGUGCCCGGGUUUGUGUGGGACAAAAGAUGUGAGGAAGCUCCAUCAUGUUAGAAGUAUUCAAGUGUUGUGUUAAAAGUGUCAAGAAUUUGUGUCGAGAUCGAGGGACGCGGUGACGCAGUACAGUGGGCGCGGCGAGCGACUGCGUAAAAACAACAAAAAAAAUGAAGACGAGCGACUUCCCCGCCAGGCUUCCUGCGGCUCAAAAUCCGAAGCAGCGUUGGGAACGUCAACGUUGUUGGAUUGGAGCUGGUGGAGUGGCUCUGCGCCGGCUUUGACGUCAUCAGCGUCCCCCUCUCCCAAGGUCCGCGAAGGCGGCGCCGUCCGCCUCUGCAAGGGGGGCACGCGCGCAAGCGUGGGUUCGCCGGUGUUGCUGUCGGUGGGACUUUCCUAUAAAAGAGCACACCGAGACACCAGCUGAAUUCCCGGCACACGUCCGCGCCGAUUCACGCCGCCAACAUGUCCAGAACCGACGAGGUCCAACGGAUCACCGAGAACGUCUACAAGUCCAUCAUGGAGCAGUUCAACCCGUGCCUGAGGAACUUUGUGGCCAUGGGGAAGAGCUACGAGAAGGCGCUGACCAGUGUCACGUCCGCGGCAAAGGGUUACUUCCACUCUCUGGUGCAGAUGGGCGAGGUGGCCAGCGACAGCCAAGGCGCCAAGGAGCUCGAAGAAACAGCAUGGGAGGUCCUGUUCCAGAUGGCCGAAGUGCACCGCCGCAUUCAGAUCCAGCUGGAGGAGAUGUUGAAGUCGUUCCACAACGAGCUGCUGACCGAGCUGGAGAAGAAAGUGCAGAUGGACGCUCGCUACCUCAACGCGGCGCUCAAGAAGUACCAGACGGAGCACAGGAGCAAAGGGGAGAGUUUGGAAAAGUGCCAGACCGAACUGAAGAAGCUGCGACGCAAAAGUCAGAGCGGGAAGACCCCCCCCAAGUACGGCGACAAGGACCUGCAGCAGAUGAGCGGCGCCAUGCCAGAGGCCGGCGCCAAAACGCUGGCCGGACCUCCGCAGCUGGCGGCCUUGCGAAGCGCUGGCGGCCCGCAGAGGCUGAUGGAAGGCGGCGCCGAACACUACCAGCAGUGGCCCGAGUCCGAAGUGGCGGCGGUGCCCCAAGGCAAGACGUCGUACUCCAACACGCUGCCCGUGCGAAAAGCGGCGCCCGCCAAGAGCAAAAUCUCGCUGACGGAGCCUCGCACGCUGCCGCGUUCCAGCUCGAUGGCGGCGGGCCUGGAGAAGAAGCAGCGCGGCGGGCGGACGGCGCGGGUGCGGGCCCUCUUCUCGCACGCGGCCGGUGACAACGGCACGUUGCUCAGCUUCCAGCAAGGCGACGCCGUCACGCUGCUGGUGCCCGAGGCCCGCGACGGUUGGCACUACGGCGAGAACGAGAAGACGCGCAUGCGAGGCUGGUUCCCCUUCUCGUACACCCGCGUCAUUUCGGAGGACGACCCGGACACCGACGGACGACUUCCUGUUCACAGCCUCCAUUCUUGGAGGAGCAGCAGCACCGGAAACCUUCUGGACAGAGACGCCACCUCUACCGCUGCCGCUGUCACCUUCGCCGACUACCACAUCCACCCGCUGGCAAGACAGCCACGCCCCUAUAGCGUCACCAUGCCGGGUUUUUCGCAGGCAGCGGCGGACGAGUACGAUCCGGCUCCCCGUUUCGUCGGCGGUACUUCCGAAGUCAAACUCAUUUCCACAGUGUGAGAACCGACAAAGCGGGCUGCUGAUUGACAACAGGAACAGGAAGCGAGCCCACCAGGAAUAGUUCAUGGUGGCGGCCGGCGGCUUUGUGGCGUCGGUUCUCCGCCUCAAGCGCAGGCGCAAAAUUAUCUAUCAUUCACACACAUGCACACGCUUAGUUUCAGAAUCUCAACAAUAAUCCCAAUCAUCCUAAUCAAAGUGUAUUUCUUGAUGUGUGUGUGUGUAUCACCAGUGGCAUUUCCACACGCGUUCACUAUGUAGUGAACGGAAAUAUUUGUCUUCUAUGAGCACUUUUGAUGACAUUCUGUUCACGCCGAUGAUAUUGCCGACAUUCUCACGUUUUCUAGAUCGCUGUCAUGAAUUUGUGUUGCUGUGUCUUGACAUUAUGAUGGAUAUUGACAUCAUGCACACUGUUACGUAUCAUACAUUUGUGUAGCCUGUAUCAUAGAACACACGAAUAUGUACAGGAUAUUUAUUUACAUGAUGACACGUGGUUGCAAUAUUAUGUAUUAGGAAGACUAUGCGUGAGUCAUUCCACGCCAAUCAGAUAUUUAUUUAUCUAUUUACUUAUUUUGCAAUUCAACUUGCCAAGCAUCCCCAAGAGGUGAAU